CAACUCAACGAGCACACCCCUGAGAUUGAGGCCUCCUGUGGUUUCUGAACGAACCGUUCUUCGUGUAUCAGCUGAGAUGAUGGGUGAGGAAAUACGAUGCCCGAUUUCUUGGAACCCGCAUUCUGGUCCAGUGACGCCGAGGAGGCCAACACGGGAUUUGAGGCCUCCCGGGCACACUGAGGCUCUGCCACCUAUAUUGUGAGACGACGAUGCCGUGAUUGGGCAAUGGACUCUAUGGCAAAGGGUGGCCUCCCAGGUCGAAGCGGGUUAUAUAAACUGUGAUUAUUCCAGAAAGAGCUCGCCGUCAAGCCAUCGACAUCGGCGUGUAUCACAGAAUUGACUUCAACUUUGACAUCAAACAUUAUGCCUGCAAGAACAUAUCCCAGAUCAAUAUCUAAUGAAAGAAAGGAUGAAACUAGAAGACAUGGUCCAUCCUUUUCUUCUACUCCAACGAUCGGGAGAGUCAGAACUUCGGGAGGAGUGAUAGCUUCUACUUCGCCCACAACUGUGGACAAGGCGAAGAGCAAUUCUCGCCCUUCAUCUCACCAGCGUCGACCCCGCCGUCAACAGGCAUUGCGUCCUUCUCCUCCUCCAUCCCACCAAAAAUAUCCGGAAGCCGCCGCAUACGACCUCACAUCUCACACUCUUGCCUCAGCUCAAAGUCACUACCAAUCAGCUUCGGUUCCUGGUCUCCCCUCCGCAGCAAAAUGGCCACACCACAGCUCAGUCGCAGACAGGAAGAGCAUGGAUGACGACCUUCUCGGACUUGGCGUUGAUCAAUUCAAGUAUGACCCAUACUCGAGGACGGCAAGGAUCUCAGAAGAGGACUUCGAGUCUACUCCCAAUGAAGGCUAUCUCGCUGGAAAUCUAAGCUCUCGAUCGUUUAAAGUUGUAGGAAGAUACGGAAUGACGAUUGAUGGAGGUGUGCAGGGUGCGAUAUUCGCGUGGGAUCAAGCGGAGACUUUGUUGACCAGGAGAGGAUAUUCGUAUGACUCCGUAGACAGGACAGAUGAGACUAUCUUAUGA